CACCAAUCCAACGGCCCAGGUUUCGUCGUGCCUCCCCUCCCUCUUUCUCUCACUCCUCCCAACAUCCUACAUAAAAACCAUCUAUCUCCACUCUCCCUCAUUCAUUCACUCUCCGCUAAAUUUUCACACACGCACGCACACGAAAAAGUCACAGUUUUCACCUUUUCUCUUUCGGAUCUUCAAACUUUCGACGAAAAGUUAGAUUUUUUAAUUUUUUUUUGUUAAGUAGAAAAUGUCGACGGAGAAGGAGAGAGAGACUCAUGUUUACAUGGCUAAGCUUUCAGAACAAGCCGAGCGUUAUGAUGAAAUGGUUGAAUGUAUGAAGCAAGUGGCGAAACUAGACGUCGAGCUGUCUGUGGACGAAAGAAACCUCCUCUCUGUUGGUUACAAGAAUGUGAUUGGCGCGCGUAGAGCUUCGUGGAGGAUCAUGUCCUCCAUCGAGCAGAAGGAGGAGGCCAAGGGGAACGAGAACAACGUGAAGCUGAUCAAGGGGUAUCGCCAGAAGGUGGAGGACGAGCUUGCUGGCAUCUGCCACGACAUUCUCUCCGUCAUAGACAAGCAUCUCAUCCCCUCUUCCGGCUCCGGUGAAGCCACAGUUUUCUACUACAAGAUGAAAGGCGACUACUACCGCUACCUUGCUGAGUUCAAGACCGAUGAGCAAAGAAAAGAGGCAGCUGAGCAGUCACUUAAGGGCUAUGAGGCUGCAUCAGCCACAGCAAGUACGGAGCUCCCCUCGACUCACCCGAUCCGCCUAGGUCUAGCUUUGAACUUCUCAGUAUUCUACUACGAGAUUAUGAAUUCCCCCGAGAGGGCGUGCCAUUUGGCGAAGCAAGCUUUUGAUGAGGCGAUCUCGGAGUUGGAUACAUUGAGCGAAGAGUCUUACAAAGACAGCACCUUGAUUAUGCAGCUGUUGAGAGACAACCUCACUCUCUGGACCUCCGAUUUGCCUGAAGAUGGAGGUAAACAGAAUCGACUCAUUCAAAAACGAGUUCAUAAAUGCAAUUUAUCCAAACACUUUGACAACUUAUGAGCUUUUAAAACACUAUAUUUUAUAAGUUGUACUUACCGCUUAUAGCUUCUUUAAAAUAAGCUUAGCUAAAUCUGAUGAGAAACGACGUUAUGCCUUGUGUGUGCGCAGGAGAGGAGAAUUCCAAGGGCGACGAGGCCAAGGAAGAGAAGGCAGAGGUGAAAAACUGAAGUUGUUUUCCGGCAUCAACUGAGCCGAUCAACGUCGUUUAAGACACUAACAGACUGUGUUUGGUUUUUGCAGCAGUAAGAGGCCGGCCGCGACAGUUAUAUUGGAAGCGGCAGAGCAGGCUGCAGUCGGCAGUUUGAGAUAUUUUCAAUCCCAAGUUUAUGUCAUCAUGAAACUAAAACAGAGAUGAGAUUCCUGGGAUUAGUCUCUCUGCCUGCUGUUUUUCUCUUGCAGACGAUGACGACGACUGUAGUCGUCGUCGUCAUUGUCUGUAUUGUACGAGGUUUUUGUUAUCCGAGUUUUUCUAUGUAUUGGCGAACAUGACUUCUUCUUGUUUUUCUUCUUUUUUUUUUUUUUUUUUCUCAAGCAAUUUAUCACACAUGCAUAUUUCGAUUCACUAAACCCUUGCUGUAUGCUUUGUUUGAGAAAAAGUCAGGCCAACAUUUGAAAUUCACAUUAAUAAAAAUAUAGUAUAUGGUUUCGUGGAGUUAA